AGUGAUUCACAACCAGAGGGAUAAGUUACAGCGUUGACGUUGAUAAGCGCAGAGUUAACCAAGAUGGCGACCUUGACAGGUGAUAAGACGUUCGCAGCUGUGUGUUUGUUGCUGUUGGUGUUGGCAACGGAAGGCAGAUCAUACGAUGUCAAAGAUGGACGACACAACAUCACCAUGGGCCACAGACUGGGCCGCCCACCCUACAAUGAUUUCCUGAUCAUCCAUGACAACCCAGUACUAAAAAGUUCCUGGUUCAGAGUGCAGUCACAUGACGUGUGCUACCCUCGCCCAGGGUUCGACACCAACCGCAAGUUCUCCAUUACUGCCUUCAACGUGACAGACCGAAUUCCAGCAGGGGAGGGAGGCUACGCCUUCGUCACCUGGGGAGGAGUUAACACGGGGAAGCUGUGUCUGCACCUCAAAACCCAGAGAGGGAACGGCUACAACUUCUCUAUUGAUAUUUGGGGCUACUACAUCUAAAAUAGGUCUUAACUGUUUACAAUGAAUUCAAGUGUUACAAUGAAGUACAAUAGUUGUAUAUUAAACGCAUACCUUAUA